AUGGAAAUGAGCACACCAACAUUCGCCAUCUAUGGCACGAUUAUCCACUCGCUCAGUCUCACUGACCUGCAGAUCCAGGAGAAUACCCUGGUCCUGGUCAAGUCGGGAAAAAUCCACUCCCUCGACUCCCCAGUGUCGACCGACCACGUCCCGACCAUCCUCAGAGACAGGGGCUACACCGAUCCAGUUCCCGUCAGAUACCUCGAAAGAAGCCAAUUCCUGAUCCCGGGAUUCGUGGACACACACAAUCAUGCACCACAAUGGGCCCAACGAGGCAUCGGGCGCGGCAUCUCCCUGCUGGACUGGUUGGACAAAGUCACCUUCGCCCACGAGGCUAAAUUCAAGGACCCAGCUUACGCGCGACGCAUGUACUCGUCCUGUGUAUCGGGCUUUUUGAAGCAGGGCAUCACGACAGCCAGCUACUACGGCUCGAAACACGGGGAUGCAUCCAAGAUCCUCGCCGAGGUGUGUUUGGAGCUGGGUCAGCGCGCGUUAGUGGGCAAGUGCAACAUGAAUCGCCACGCGCCGGGAUGGUACAGCGAUGAAUCGGCGGAGAGUUCGCUAAACGAAACUAGAGAUUUUCUGGAUCAUAUCUCCCGUCUUGAUCCGGGUCACGACCUGGUCCAGCCGGUAUUGACGCCUCGAUUUGCCAUUUCGUGCGAGGAGCACCUGCUCCGUAGACUGGGGGACCUCGCGGCCGAGAACCCCUGGAUGCCGAUCCAGACGCAUUUUAAUGAAGCGCGGGACGAGAUGGAGUUUACCAAGUCGCUCUUCCCGGGUUUCAGGAACGAGGCGGAUCUGUACGAAUCCAUGGGACUGUUGAAUAGUCGGUCCAUCCUGGCGCACUGCAUUUUCCUCCAGGACGAGGAGAUGACGCGUCUACGGGACCUGGGAUGCGGCAUUGCCCAUUGCCCGAUCUCAAACACAUGCAUGAGCGUGUACAUGGUUGCUCCGAUACGGGAGUAUCUUCGUCGCGGCAUCAAAGUCGGGCUGGGCACCGAUAGCGGGGGCGGGUUCUCCUCGUCCAUGCUGGAGGUCAUGAAACAUGCGUUUCUCGUCUCGAAUGCACGGCAGACGAGCACCGACGGCAAAGAUGCUUCUCUGUCGCUGGCAGAAUGUUUCUUCCUUGCCACGCUGGGCGGGGCGCAGGUCUGCGGGUUGGGUGAGCGGAUUGGCAAUUUUACGGUGGGCAAGGAGUUCGAUGCACUUGUUAUUGACGGUGUCGUUGAUGAUGGGGUCAUGGCGCCUGUUGAAGAUGAGGAUGGGAUUGGCAUUGUCUUUGAGAAGUUUCUCAUGACGGGGGACGAUAGGAAUAUUGUCGGUGUUUUUGUGGGAGGGAGGACGGUGAGGGAGCGAGCGUAG